AAUUGCUUUACUAUUCACAAUGUCGGUUAUCAUAUUGCUAAGUGUGGUCGCCAUCGUCUUGAAAUCUGUGGCUGGACAAACAACGCCUUCGGAUGUACCAGGAUUGAAGCUUAGCCGCACUUUUGAGCCUGGAACUUGCACCGGUGUGAGUUUUGGUUUGGUGUGCUCCGCUUGUAAUGCGAUAAAGAUUUGCUACGAAGGAAGUGAACUGGGAGUCAAUACCUGCCCAGGAACCUUACCGUAUUGUGUUUCCGGAAAUGCAGGGGCAAGCUGUUCUGAAACACCAUCAAGCGAUUGUGCCGAUACAGGAACGGAAUUACUUGAUCCUGUGUUUUGUACAGCAUUAGGUGUUCUGCCAGACGCUUCCAACUGUCGGAUCUACCACGUGUGCAAUGAUAUUGGUGUUCUAUCAGAUGUGUACCGAUGUCCUCCGUCGACUAUUUUCUACAUCGGAACGCGAAUGUGCAGAAGUCAAUCGUUUCAGACCUGCGGCAAGGUGACAUGUGGUACAACCAGUGGUUUUGUUUACUACAACACGUUUUUCAGACAGUAUUACGCAUAUUGCCUGGUGAGUGCCACUGGAAACAAAAUUAUCCUCAGUAAAUGUGCAGAUCGGGCUCAGUUUAAUAUGAACACCAAAAGUUGUGUUUUCAACUGUCCUGCGGCAGGAAAUUAUGCCAAUUCGAACAAUCCCAAGUCGUUUUACCAGUGUUAUUCUCUGAAUGGAGUUCUCACAUCACGAUUGGUCCAGUGCCCUUCGGGAAGUUUCAAUCAAACAUUGCAGUACUGCGUUUGAAAUAUACUUUUGAACGACUUAAUUUAGAGUGAAAUCAAAUUCGAAAAUAAAUUCAACAGGAAUG